AUGUCCCUCGAUCUCAUUGCAUUCGUCGUGAACUACUGCCAGACAGCCGAUCUUGGUAUCGAAUACGGAGUCGGAGCCCGAGACGGACUCUACCAUUCUUUCUCCCCUGGAGCUCGCUUCGUUCGAACCUUUGUGGAUCCCGAUAGCCGACUCUCCGCCUUGCAGCAUGUCUUGCUCGGUCUCAACCGUUCGUUUAACCACCAGCCUGUUGACCUGGCGCUGCAGUACCAUACCCGGCAUCUCAGUUUGAGGGACGCAACAUGGGAUCAGGACGCUUAUUUUGAGAAGCCCCGCGUGCUUCUCCAUCGACAACAGGCAAUGAUACGGGGUGAACACGAUGUUGCGGUGCCCUUGCUUGAACGCGUCUCCUCAGUUUCCCUCACGAUCCUGAACACGAAGGAUGCGCCAUACUCCAUCGUUGUGCUCCUUGACGACGCCAUGCGGUUUUUAAUGUCGAUGGAUCGGAAUCUGGCAUAUGGCUUCGUGGACAAGGCCGGAAACGGCGUGUUUCCCGACGCGCGGGUGCUUCAAGGGGAUGGUCCGGAUGGGUUGCGCCCUGCAGGACGAUGUGCUGGCCUGACCCAGUUUAUGCGGAUGAUCCUCGCGGUUCUUGCGAGGUGGGAAGAAGAGUGGCUCCGUGCCCUCCGCGCUAUUGACAGAGCUGCAGACUUCCAGUGUCGUGACCUGGCCAGCUGGGAUAUACGCUCCGCGACAAGGCCCUUGACGCCCUGA